AGGAAUAUCGCAUAGUAAAUCUGUUUUGGGGUAAACUUUCCAUUCAGUGUUGGAUUGAACUUUGGGCCAAUAAAAUGCUUCCAUGGAGUGGUGUACGUCCGCCUGCCUCCUGUUGUCAGACACUGACAUCUAGCGUUAAUGUAGAAAACGGCAGGGGGCGGAGCUCCCGUUAAAUCUCCAGCCAGGAUCGUCACACGAGAGCAGGAAAACAGAAGAGCGUCUGGUCAUCUGUCAUUGCCGUUUGAAGAAAGCCUGAGCCAGAUCAAGAUCUAUUUUACCUUCAGCUGAUCUGUGCGGACACCACAGCAUGUCUUUCUGUCAGUUUUUUGGUGGUGAGGUCUACAAGGAUCAUUUCAAACCAGGCAUGUAUGUGUGCUCCCAGUGUAACCAUCCACUGUUCUCCAGUCGGUCCAAGUUCGCCCACUCGUCUCCCUGGCCAGCUUUCACUGACCCCAUCAGAGAGGACAGCGUCACCAAGAUGAUGGAGACUCUCACUGCCUACAAGGUUCUGUGUGGCAAGUGUGGCAACGGGCUGGGCCAUGAGUUUGUAAAUGACGGCCCGGAUGAAGGAGUCUCACGCUUUUGAAUAUUCAGCCACUCGCUCAAGUUUGUCCCCAGCAAAGGCAAGGACAAGCAGUAAAGUGCGAGGCAUGAAUUUUCACUCCAGCUGCUGUAUCUGCUGCUCAGUCCAGGACCAGUGAACCGGUCGGGUCAGUGGGUGACGUGGACAGGGGAAAGGCCUGAGAGGGACCUCCUGUUCGCUGAAUAAUCUUUGACCAGCUUGUGACACAGUGACAGGACCACACCUCUGCAAAUAUUCCUUUACAAAACAAAAGUUACAUUCCUUGAAUACCUCAUAUUUAAAUACACAUUAAAGCCAUGAUUAUGAUUUUCUCACUCUUGAUAAAAUGUAUCAGUAGAUGCAUGUCAUUUUAGCAAGAAAUUAGGUUUUUCAUGAAUAGAAAGAUGCAUCAACAGUUAAGUUUUAAUUCGGCAGGCACUCGCCAGUUAUUGCUGUUAUCUUUUUCACUAUCUGUUUAAUUUUACAUUAUAUUGCUGUUAUCAUUUAUUCCCAUUUACUUCCCUAAGGUACAUGUAACCAUAUUAUCUAUGCACCGAAGAUGUUCUGUUUUGUAUGUUUAUUUUAACAGUAUACAAUAGCAAAGAAACUGUUAACCAACUGUAUGAAUCAGCUACAGAUACGUUUCGCCUGUGCAAUAAUGCGAAGUGAUCCGUCUCUCAGAACUUUUGUGUAUUUGCAUUUUACUUUGAAAAAAGUCACGUCUGAGAUUUAAUUAUUCUCCAUUGUUAGUGUACUGAUGCUCAUAUGAAGGAAACAACUAAUAAAUUAUAGUUUGAUA